AAGCGCCCCGUUAGUUCCGAGUCGUCGCGUGGCCCGCUGCCCAUUCCGGACGCCUCCUCCUCCUCCUCCUCCUCCGCGGCAUUCCAUCGACCACCUCGCCGUCCUCCGCUCCGCCGCCCACGGCGCCGCCUCCCGGGCUCCCCGCCGGGGACGCCGCCAUGGGCUCAUCCAGAGUCCUUCAGUUAGACAUAUCAGCAGAUUCUGAGGCCUCUCCUAGGAGAAAUGUGCCAGGGAGUGUAAGUAGCCCUCUCAAGAAUGGUGAAAAGGGUGUAUUUCGGAAUCAGAAUGCAGGGUUCACUGCACUUGCAAGUCCUGUCAGGAGAGAAAUUGGAAACAGAUCUAUGACAAGAUCCUUCUGUGUUGAUGACAAUGACUUAGAAGAUGGUAAGCCCUCAAAAGAAAGAGAUGGUUCUUUACAGUUACUCAAGCUCCCGACGAUACAGAAUCAGGCUCUUCUAUCUGGUCUGGCUUACUGCAUAUCAUCAUGCAGCAUGAUUUUAGUCAACAAAUUUGUUCUGUCUGGCUACGGUUUCAAUGCUCCAAUAUUUUUGAUGCUAUACCAGAACAUUGUAUCAGUGAGCAUAGUUUCCACACUAUCCCUGUCUGGUGCUAUUCCAACUGAACCAUUGACAUGGAACCUAAUCAAAGUCUGGUUGCCUGUGAAUAUCAUAUUUGUUGGAAUGCUGAUCACAAGCAUGUUUAGUUUGAAGUACAUUAACGUUGCAAUGUUGACUAUAUUGAAGAAUGUCGCCAAUGUCCUUACUGCAUCUGGGGAAACUUAUUUUUUCAAAAAGCAGCAUGGUAUUCAAGUUUGGAUUGCUCUUAUGUUGAUGAUAAUCUCUGCAGUUGCGGGAGGAAUAACAGAUCUGUCAUUCCAUGCUGUCGGAUAUACCUGGCAGACCUUAAAUUGUUUUCUGACAGCAUCAUAUUCGCUUACAUUGCGGCAUGUAAUGGACAGCGCCAAGCAAGCCACCAAGUCUGGGAAUUUGAAUGAGCUUUCAAUGGUGUUACUGAAUAACAUUCUUUCGCUGCCAUUGGGAAUUAUCCUUAUUCUUGGUUUUAAUGAAGUGGAGUACCUUUUGGAGACAUCUCUCCUAAGGAUGCCUGAGUUUUGGGUUGUCAUCACGGGCAGUGGAGUUUUGGGGCUUGGAAUAAGCUUUACUUCAUUGUGGUUUCUUCAUCAGACAAGCGCGACUACAUACAGUCUUGUGGGCUCCCUAAAUAAGAUCCCUCUCUCGGUUGCUGGAAUCGUUCUUUUCAACGUUCGAACAAGCUUGCAGAAUUCUAUGAGCAUUCUAUUCGGUCUAUUAGCAGGAGUAUUUUUCGCGAGGGCCAAAUUGCGAGAUAACUCGCCGAGCUAGUUUCUGGGCAGGCUUUAUAGUGUGUAGAAGGCAAGACAUACACAAUCAAUCCUCGACAGAGAACGCUCGCUCAAACUACCUCUCUGGGAAAUUUGUGCAGAUGCGAUGGUUGUUUCCCACCUGACUAGGCCAAGGGGCAACAUUCUAACUACGCGGUUGGCCUGGGGGCUCUCCGGUCCCUUUUUUUGCCAAGCUGACCUUGACCCCCCAGUUGUUGCUCCUGUGGUGGUGGUAUACGUCUUCAUUGCUGUGUGUAAGGGUGUAGGAUACAAAAACGGAUGAAACCGAAAUCCCAGUCAGUUUGGGAUGAACGGCUCGUUCGGUCGGUGUAUUGUAUCUUGUAAAAUUACGGUGGUUGGAUGGAAGGGGCAUGUACAUUUUCGGUGGUCGUCUAUGAUACCACUUUAGC